AUGGGCCACUUAACACAUGAUGAGUUCUUUUCCAAACUCACCGACCUCUUCACAACAACCAAGACCAAGGCCCACGGAGCAGUCUACCUGACCCAAAAACGACUAACCUACCCCCAACAACCAACCUCCACCACCAGCCCAUCAUCAUCAUCAUCAUCAUCAUCAACGGCACCCCCAUCAUCAUCAGCAGCAUCACUAUCGAUUAACACCUUCCCAGACCUCCACCCACCCGAGCCGCUACCGCUGCUCAUCCGCGCGACCAACGGCAAGUCCAAGCCGCGGCGCGCGUCCAAGGUGAAACUGUCGACGGUGGUGCAGCCGGCCGAGCUCGACGCCUUUUACGCGCGCUACGCCGAGGCCUGCAAGGCAGGCAUGUCGGCGCUCAAGCCCCGCGACCGGACCAAGCGCAAGGCCAAGGCCCGCAAGAGGAAGGGCGGCGGCGGCACUGCUAGUGCUGCUGCACAGGCUUAG